AUGGUCUAUGCUCUGUCCGCCGGGCUCUGGGACUCGGACGUUGUUAGCACCUACGAGUUUAUCGUCGUUAAACGUGGAGUCUUUGUCCCAGUACGCAGCCCCAUAACCACGACGCUCAAGACCGUGUGGGAGAUUCACGAAGCCGAGGACGGGAGCUUAGCGCUGGUUGAGGACGUUGUCAUGCACUGCUCCAGGUUCUUCAUCGCCAUCGUCAAGAGCACGUGCGAGAGCGGCUGGCGGGACUUCCACGGCAAGAUAUUUAGGGAGCUACAGCAGCAAGCUUCAUAA